UCUGGCCCCGCCCCGCGGCCCGCGCGCUCCCGGCCAUGGCGGCGCGGGGUCGGUCGCGGGCGCUGCUGGCGGCGCUGUGGCUGCCGCUGUGCGUCAGUGUGUGGCCGCGGGUCCCCCCCGCGCCGGCCCCGCCCGGACCGGAGCCGCCUCAGCUCCGCGGGUGGCGGAACGUGUCCUGCCCCGCCUGCCACGCCCUGUUCGGGGCGCUGGGGCUCGCGCUGCAGCUGGAGCCCAACGUGGCGCGCGUGGGACGCGUGGCGUCGCGGCUGUGCCAGGACCUGCGCCUGGCGCGCCCGGCGAUCUGCCAGCAGGCGGUGCAGCUCUUCCAGCGCGACGUGGUGUCGGCGUGGACGCGCUCGGUCCUGCGCCCCGGCGAGGCCUGCGGGCUCCUGCUCGGCGACGCCUGCGGCCGCUGGGACAUCUACGCCGACUGGAACGUCUCCUUGCCCGACGUGCCCAAACCGCCGGUGCGGCCGCCGCAGCCACCGCCGCCCGCCGCGCCCACCGCCCGCGUGCUCUUCUUGACCGACAUCCACUGGGACCGGCGCUACGCGGCCGGCGCCGACGUCGCCUGCCCGGAUCCCCUGUGCUGCCGCGGCAACGCCACGGCCGGCGCGGCCAAGGCCGGCUUCUGGGGGUCGUACGGCAAAUGCGAUUUGCCGCUGCGCACCGUGGCCUCGCUGCUGGACCAGGUGCCGCCGCCCAUCCACGCCGUCUACUGGACGGGCGACAUCCCGGCGCACAACGUGUGGGAGCAGAGCCGGCGCGACCAGCUCGAGGCGCUCGGCACCGUCACGGAGCUGCUGCGGCGCCGCCUCGGCCGCGUCCCCGUCUUCCCCGCCGUCGGCAACCACGAGGCCACGCCGGUCAACGCGUUCCCGCCGCCCUUCGUCACCGGCAACCAGUCGGCGUCGUGGCUCUACGACGCCAUGGCCGAGGCGUGGCGGCAAUGGCUGCCCCCCGGCGCCCUCGCCACGCUCCGGACGGGGGGCUUCUACACGGCUCCCGUCUGGCCGGGGCUGCGCCUCGUGUCCCUCAACAUGAAUUUCUGCUCUCGAGCCAAUUUCUGGCUCCUGGUCAACAGCAGCGACCCCGGGGGGCAACUGCGGUGGCUCGGGGGGGUCCUGGCCCGCGCCGAGGCCCGCGGGGAGAAGGUUCACAUCAUCGGACACAUCCCGCCCGGACACUGUCUGCGCGCCUGGAGCUGGAACUACUACCGCAUCGUCAACAGGUUUGAGGGCACCAUCGCGGCGCAGUUCUUCGGCCACACCCACGUGGAUGAGUUUGAGAUCUUCUACGAUGAGGAGACGCUGUCGCGGCCGCUCUCCGUCGCCUUCGUGGCGCCGAGCGUCACCACCUACAUCGACCUCAACCCCGGGUUCCGCGUCUACACGGUCGCGGGCUCCUACGAGGGCAGCUCCGCGUCCGUCCUGGACCACGAGACGUUCAUCCUGAACCUGACGGAGGCCAACGCCGCUCCGGCGCUGCGGCCGCGGUGGCUGCGGCUCUACGGCGCGCGCGAGGCCUACGGAAUGCGCGGCGCCUUCCCGGAGGAUUGGGAGCAGCUGCGGCGCCGCCUGCGCGACGACGAUGGCCUCUUCCAGCGGUUCUGGUUCCUGCGGCACAAGGGGCACCCGCCGGCCGCGCCCUGCGCCGACGCCUGCCGCCGCGCCGUCCUCUGCGCCCUCCGCACCGCCCGCGCCGCCGACCCGCGGCUCUGCCCGGCAACGCCGAGCCCCGACCGAGGGAACGGCGCCGGCACCGCCGCCCUCUGCUGAGAGAGCCCGGGGGGCGGGGAGGGUG